CACCAGAUAGAAGGCACGUAAGGCGAGGUGAGGCAAGGCGAUCGGCAGCAUCAACCAGAACCGUUUGAUCAUCAGCUGUCUUCAGCUUCAGAGUCCACCAUGGCUCCUGAUGAGUUUGCUGGCGGGACAGUGGUGGCCUGUGUGAUCCUGGGCCUGUCGUUCCUGGUGGGGGUCCCGGGGAACCUGCUGGUGAUCUGGACCAUCCUGAGGCACGUCCAGCAGCGCUCCCACACCGUGGUGCUCAUCCUCCACCUGGCUGCUGCAGACCUGCUGGUGCUCAUCACCCUGCCCCUGUGGAUCUACUCACUGGCCCACUCCUGGGUGUUUGGGGUGGCAUCCUGUAAGGCCAUGGUGUACGUCAUCAACACGUGCAUGUACAGCAGCAUUUUCCUCAUCACCCUCAUGAGUGUCGAGCGCUUUGUCGCUGUACGACACCCCUUUGCCUCAGCCGGCUGGAGGAGGAAGAAGGCCUUGAAUAAAGUUCUUCUUGUUCUGUGGGCUGCUGCGUUCCUAUUCAGCACCCCGGUCUUUCCCACCCAGGUGGUGGAGGGGGACCCUGGGGAGGAGCAUUGCCUGUACAGGGACUACACCUCAGACGGCCAGGAGGCAGUGUGUGUUCUACUGGAGACGCUGGUGGGCUUUGCUGUCCCCUUUUGCAUUCUUGUGAUCUGCCACAGCUGUCUCUACAGCCGCAUCGCACAGAUUACCUUUAAGUCCAAGCGUAAGUCCAUGGGGUUGAUUGCAAGCAUGGUAGUGGUGUUCGCAUUAUGCUGGACCCCUCACCACGUUGGCAACGUGCUCUCCCUCGUCAUCCUCACCAUCAAGGGGUCCCACCGCGAGGCCGCAGCGCGUAUAGAGAGCGUCAGAACCACCAUGACUUUCAUCGCUGGAGCACUCGUGUUCAUCAGUAGUUCGGUCAACCCUUUGCUCUAUGUGUUUGUGGCUCGUACGUUCCGGAGUUCCCUGAGGGAGACAGGUAUUCAGAAAUUGUUCCGGCACAUCUCAAGCACGGCUCCCGGAGAGGGGACUAAAGAACUGUCCUUUGUGACCAAGAGACCAAGUAUCUCUCAGAUACAGAGCCACAGCUCCCAGUGUGUCACGGAGCCUAAGGAACAAAUGGAUGUAAUUAUAAAUAUAUUUGAAAAUGUUUCUUCCUGAGAUUGAAAACAAUUUUUAUCAUACGUUUUUGAUAACGAUUUUUGUGUGUAAAUUACAAAGUUUGAUUUGUCACAUUGUUUCUAUAUGUUAAUUAACUUAAAAUGUAGAAGAGCAAUUGUUAGUAAUGCUUAUGUCAAACAUAAUGCAUAUAAAAACAUUAAAAUACGUUCUGUAUAUAAUUUUACCUGUAGUGAAUUUGAAUUAACAUUUGAAAUACUUUUUAACAUAUACACAUUUUUCUUUGUAGGCCCCACUGUGUUAGACACAUUUCUCAGUUGUGGUAUAAUGCUCAUUUCAUGCUCAAAUGUUUUUAUAUUCCAUGUGCCACAGAAGAAAGAGCUUCAUAGAAAAAAGAACAUAGUGUCACUGUAUAUGUUUGUCUGAAGCUAUAUGAUAUGAGUAUAAUGACUGAGUGUACUGUAUGUAUUCAGCUGCUUAUCUUGAGGCCUUGCCUCACUACAUUUAUUUUAGACCCUCCUGAUCUGGAUAGAAUAUAUUUCACCCACAGCUUUAGCCUUCAUGAUAAUGGCAACCACAGAUAUCAGCCUCUUCAUAUCAUACUGAGCUUUCCAACUGUCUUCAUACUGAUAAUUUCAUUGUUAUAGUUGAAGUCAAUGAACAUGUGUAUGUACCCCAUGCCAUAUUUAUUUAUAUUUUUUAUUUAACCUUUAUUUAACUAGUCAGUUAAGAACAAAUUCUUAUUUACAAUGACGGCCUACCCCGGCUGAACCCGGACGACGCUGGGCCAAUUGUGCGCCGCCCUAUGGGACUCCCAAUCACGGCCGGAUGUGAUACAGCCUGGAUUCAAACCAGGGACUGUAGUGACGCCUCUUGCACUGAGCUGCAGUGCCGUAGACCGCUGCACCAUUCGGGAGCCCUUUAUGCGUUUAUUAAAAAUAUCACUUUAAAAAAA